CAGGAAGGAAGCUGAGCUGCUCUCGCUUCGCUUUCUGUGGGGCGGCUGCAAAUCCGACCUCAUUAACUCAGCAGAGCUCAGAGGGACCCAAAAAUGACCCCCCAAACCCCCCCUGAGCCCCCCAAAUGCUGCUGCUUCAACAUCAAGACAGCGACAGUGGCCCUGGGGAUCUUCCACAUGGUCAUGAGCGUCCUGCUGCUGAUCGAGUAUUCCCUGGAGGUGGCCAAUGGGAAGGGCUUCUGCAAAGACCUGGACAAGGAUUACUACAGAAUUGCUGAUAUCACCACCAGUUUCCUGCUGAUCCUUAUGCUGUUUGUCAUCAGCUUCCACCUCCUGCUCGGGGUGCUCAAGAAGAGGGAGCGGCUCCUGAUCCCCUUCCUGGCUCUGCAAGUCAUCGAUUUCCUCCUCAGCCUCCUGACCAUGUUCAGCUCCUACAUCCAGGUGCCAGCGGUCAUCUCCGUGUCCUCCCUGAGCCACACGCAGGGCCACUCCAGGACUCCCCUGCUGGCGCUGCAGCUGCUGGAUUUCUGCCUGAGCAUCCUCACCCUGUGCAGCUCCUACAUGGAGGUGCCCACCUACCUCAGCCUCAAGCCUGUGGACAGUGGGGGCUCUUUGCCAGCCCUGGAGAAGCUGCCAGCAGAGGAAUACGCCAAAGUGAUGAUCACCUUCACCAUCGCCUUUGUGGCUGUGCUCGUCCUCAAGGCCUACAUGUUCAAAUGUGUCCUGAGCUGCUUUAAGUUCAUCAAAGCCAGCAGGAGGGAGGAGGUGAAAGUGGAGCCACACGCAGUGGAAAAGGCCGUGCUGCCGUCCUACGAGGAAGCCCUGGAAUUGCCUUCCAAGGAUUGCCCCCCUCCCUACGUGACCAUCUGAGCCCAGCCUGGGGGAGAGCUGACACUGGGUGCUGCUGUGCCUCCCCCUGGCACAGCCCCAGUCCUCACCCAGAGCAGUUCCCAGCCUUUUCCAGCCACAUCCUGCCAGGGAACUGCUGGAGUCUUAUCCUGCUCUGGCACCCCAAUUUCCUGACUCUGCCACCCCAACUUCCUGACCCUGGCAUCUCCAUUCCCGACUCUGGCACCUCCAUUUCCUGACUCUGGCACCCCAAAUUCCUGAACCUGCCACCCCAAUUUCCUGACUCUGCCACCCCAACUUCCUGACUCUGGCACCCCAAUUUCCUGACUCUGGCAGUUCUGUUUCCCGACCCUGGCACCCCAAUUUCCCAACUCUGGUACCGCAAGUUCCCGACUCUGGCUCUGGUUGCCAUCCCUGGAAUCUGGGAUUUGGCUGCUGUGGUUCAGGGCUGGUCUGAGCCCUGCCAGCUUUGCUCUGUGCCACAAGAAUGGUGGUUCUCAUCUGGCUCAGCAGGGAGAUCUUUAGGAAGUGGAAUUAAAGGAUUGUCCUAGUUUAGGGCAACUUUGGGAGAAAAACUUCUGAAGGGGUUUCUUCUAGAAAAACAAAUUCAAGUGGUUCCUCCUCUAACUGGUUCAGGAAAAAGAUUUCCUUGGAGAAAAGUGGAAAAAACUAUUUAUUUAAUAGGCAAAGCAUUCAUCAGCACAAAAAAAAUUAACAAUAUUAAACAGUAAAACAACUUGCCACUCCAAAAGAGACGACAAACUCACAAAGUCCCCUUUGUGGGCUGUAGCUCGGCUCGCUCAGUCUCUUAUCAGUCCCUCUGGCCAAAAUGGAAAAUGGAAAUGUUCCAUGGAAAUGGAAAUGUUCCAUGGAACAUGGAAAUCCCAUGUCAAACUAUGACAGGGAUGAAUAGGGAAGGAAUUUUCUCUGGGAUAACCCAGCCCUGCAGCUCCUCCAGCAGGGAUCAGCAAAAAAUUUCCUGGGAAUUGUAGCCCUCACCCUGUCUGCUUGUGGUGAUUGACACAACCCAGAAUAUCCAGCUCUGCCGUUUCAUACCUGAGUGGGUGCAUUUUUCUCUGCUUUUAUGUCACUUGGAAGAUGAGUUUCAAUUAAAAUAAAAAUGUUAAUGGCUUCCAAA